AUGACCCCCAUCUUGAUUGGCGCCGCUCCCGGUCACGGCCGGUUUCAGAAUAGAACGGCCGACGCCGGCGAGAUCUCCGCCGCCCAGCUCUGGGAGGAGCAGAGCAAGGCCGUCGCCGACAUCGUCAAGAAGCAGCAGGAGCACGGCGUCCGCGCCAUCUGCUCCGGCGAGUUUGACCGCAAGUGGUACUUUGGCGGCUUCUUCGAGAAGCUCGACGGCUUCCGCGAGGUCAUCCCCAAGGCCGGCAAGCAGUACCCCAUGGCCGCCGUCUGCGAGGGCAAGAUCAAGUACACCAAGAGCCCCUACCUCGAGAACUGGAAGCUCCUCCGGUCCCAGCUCCCCGAGAGCCAGUGGGGCGAUGCCAAGUUCACCAUGCCUCCCCCUUGCUACUUCCACCUCCGCCUCGGCCCCGGCAAGUGCUACAGCAGCGACGCCUACGCCAACGAUAAGGAGUUCUUCGCCGACCUCGCCAAGGCCUACCAGCAGGAGUUCCAGACCCUCUACGCCGAGGGCCUCCGCAACGUCCAGCUCGACGACCCCACCCUCGCCUACUUCUGCUCCGAUGCCAUGCACGACUCUCUGAGGCAGGACGGUGAGGACCCCGAGGCCCUCUUCGAGACCUACCUCCAGGCGCACAACGACUGCAUCGCCAACAAGCCCGAGGGCCUUCACGUUGGCCUCCACAUCUGUAGAGGUAACUUUGCCAAGUCCAUGCACUUCAGCGAGGGCUCCUACGAAAAGAUUUCGGAAAAGAUGUUCUCCACCCUCAACUACGACACCUUCUUCCUCGAGUACGACAACCCCCGCUCCGGCGGCUUCGAGCCCCUCCGAUUCCUCCCCAAGGGCAAGAACGUCGUCCUCGGCGUCGUCACCACCAAGGAGCCUGAGCUCGAAGACGCCGAGCUCAUCAAGACCCGCGUUAGGCAGGCCGCCGAGAUCAUCGCCCAGGGCCAGGGCGUCUCCGUCGACGAGGCCAUGCAGAGCAUCGGCAUCAGCCCCCAGUGCGGCUUCGCCAGCGUCGCCGUCGGCGCCGAGGGCAUGACCGAGGAGAAGAUGUUUGCCAAGCUCAAGCUCGUCAAGGACGUCGCCGACGAGCUCUGGCCCAACAGGGCGUAG